GGAAGAGGAAGGCCGCAGCAGCAGCAGCAGCAGCAGCAGCAGUAGUCAUGGCAGAGGGGGCCUCUGCUGAGCAAGACCCGGAGACUCUGCGGCUGAAGCGGCUCCGUGGCAGCGGCUUCUUCACGGUGCCACCAGGGCACAGGCUGGGAAGAUGUCGGAGCGUGAAGGAGUUCGAGAAACUCAACCGGAUCGGAGAAGGGACCUACGGCAUCGUGUACCGCGCCCGAGACACCCAGACCGAUGAGAUUGUGGCCCUGAAGAAGGUGCGGAUGGACAAAGAGAAAGACGGGAUCCCCAUCAGCAGCCUCCGUGAGAUCACCCUUCUGCUGAAGCUCCAGCACCCCAACAUCGUGGACCUGAAGGAGGUGGUGGUGGGGAACCACCUGGAGAGCAUUUUCCUGGUGAUGGGCUACUGUGAGCAGGACCUCGCCAGCCUCCUGGAGAACAUGCAGGCUCCCUUCUCCGAAGCUCAGGUGAAGUGCAUCAUUCUUCAGGUCCUCAAGGGCCUUCAGUACCUGCAUGACAACUUCAUCAUCCACAGAGACCUGAAGGUGUCCAAUUUGCUCAUGACCGACAAAGGAUGCGUGAAGACAGCGGACUUUGGCCUGGCGCGGGCUUACAGGGUGCCCGUGAAACCCAUGACGCCCAAAGUCGUCACGCUCUGGUACCGAGCUCCUGAGCUGCUGCUGGGGACGACGACCCAGACCACCGCCAUCGAUAUGUGGGCGGUGGGCUGCAUCCUGGCAGAGCUGCUGGCCCAUAAGCCGCUGCUCCCCGGCAGCUCCGAAAUCCAACAGAUAGACAUGAUUGUGCAGCUGCUGGGCACGCCGAACGAGACCAUCUGGCCUGGUUUCUCCAAGCUGCCGCUGGUCAGCCAGUACACCCUGCGCAAGCAGCCCUACAACAACCUGAAGCACAAGUUCCCGUGGCUGUCGGAGGCCGGCCUGCGCCUCCUCAACUUCCUCUUCAUGUACGAUCCCAAGAAACGGGCUACAGCCGGCGACUGCCUGGAGAGCUCCUACUUCAAGGAGAAGCCUUUGCCCUGCGAGCCAGAGCUCAUGCCAACCUUCCCUCACCACCGCAACAAGCGGGCUGCCCCGAGUGCUGGUGCCGAGUGCACGGGCAAGCGCAGCCGGCCCUGAGGAUGCCAACGCCCAAGCGCACCUGGACAGGUAUGAGCAUGGGAGAGGAGAGGCCGUGCUGGGAGCUGCCAGCAACGUCGGGGCAAAGUGCCAGGAGCCGGCGGGGGACGGUCCUGCUCUUCCCAGGAGCUGCUCCCUUGCUGGGUCACGCGGGCCAGCAGCUGGGGAGUCAACUUGCCAAACUGCACCGGAGCCGGCUGGGCUGCCGGCUCAGCUUCCUUGCAAGAGAGCAAGCCGGGCAGGAUCCCUGCCUCCGUCCACCCUUGCCGCCUGCCCUGCCCUUCUGCUGAUGGUGCGAACGGGGGCUGCUGCCUCCUCCCAAUAAAGGCUUCUGCUGCGA